UCCAGCCCUGCUCGCGCAUCUUACGAGGGAGAAAUUGGAGGAAAGAUUAUACUCUGACUUACACAAAUACUUUCUGUAUAAUCGCCACAGGGCUUCCUUAAUUUAGUUAUUAAUCUUUUUAAGAGAAAAUGGAUCGUACAAGCCUGUCGGGAUAGACACUUUUUUUUUAACCAGCGACUUGAAUGACAGUCGGUCAAGGUCUAAUCUCCAGAUGUGCAAUCAACAUUCACACGUUAUUUGAUCUAAAUUUGAAUCUAAACUUAAACACUUUUUAACUGAUUUAAAGUGUAUGUUUUCUAAUGUCAUUAUGGGACAUGUUCGCAUGUGGAUGAGAUUUAAUUUUGUAUGGAUUUUGAGCCCAGGAGAGCAGAUAUGUAGAGUGACGGACUGAUGACUUGAACACUGAUGAUUCAUGACAACACACGGGGAGAAACCUACAAACAUCUCGCACCUGAAGGAAGAUUAUACAGAAGCCCUUUGAACCGUAUUCCUGAUCAUCGUUCUCGUUUGUCUUUAGUAUUUCCUCCGCCCAAGUUAAUAAUUUAGCGGACGCGGUUGCGAUUCAUUUAUUUCAGGUUACAUCGGCAAAAGAUCAGUUUAUUUGCUACCAUGUCGGCGGUCAUGAUAACACGGAAGGCAGCUCGAAAAUGGGAGAAAUUACCUGGGAAAAACACAUUCUGCUGCGAUGGACGUGUUAUGAUGGCUCGACAGAAAGGAGUAUUUUACCUGACGUUGUUUCUCAUCAUUGGGACCUGCUCUCUGUUCUUCGGCUUUGAGUGCCCAUAUCUUGCAGUGCACCUAUCUCCUGCCAUCCCUGUGUUUGCAGUGUUGCUCUUCCUCUUUGUAAUGGCUAUGCUGCUCAGAACCAGCUUCAGUGAUCCAGGGGUGCUGCCGCGGGCACUGCCAGAGGAGGCCAAUUUCAUUGAGAUGGAGAUCGAGGCGGCCAAUGGGAACGUCCUGGCCGGACAGCGGCCUCCUCCCCGGAUCAAGAACGUGCAAAUCAACAAUCAGAUCGUCAAACUGAAGUACUGCUACACCUGCAAGAUCUUCAGGCCCCCUCGUGCUUCCCACUGCAGCAUUUGUGACAACUGUGUGGACCGUUUUGACCAUCACUGUCCCUGGGUUGGAAACUGUGUAGGAAAGAGGAAUUACAGAUAUUUCUACCUGUUUACACUCUCCCUAUCUCUGCUCACCAUCUAUAUCUUCGUCUUCAACAUCGUCCAUGUUGUUCUACGUUCUGUGGACUCAGGCUUUGUCAGUACUCUUAAAGAAACUCCUGGAACUGUGUUGGAGGUUAUAGUCUGUUUCUUUACCCUCUGGUCUGUGGUUGGAUUGACUGGCUUCCACACCUACUUGAUCUCCCUCAACCAGACCACCAAUGAGGACAUCAAAGGUUCGUGGUCAGGAAAGAACCGUAUCCAGAACCCAUACAGUCACAAGAACUUCAUGAAGAACUGCUGUGAGGUACUUUGUGGCCCUACAUACCCCAGUGUUUUGGACAGAAGAGGGGUGAUGUUGGAAGAUGCAUGUAGUUCCACUCCUCCUGAUGUGCCUGUUACCACUAAAAGCAGCACCCCUGCACCACAAACCACAGAACCCACAGCUCCUCUGAUCCCCAAUGAACACACUCCUGAUGAAGCCAAACCUGGCAUUGCUGCAGGCACCCAGAAGUCCAGCAGUUCCCUUAAAGAAGAGAAACCCCCGUUUUCAAGAGAACCUCUAUCAACAUCCCCCAAUGGCGUCACUUCUACGGUCAUCAAAGAAUCUGCCCACUAG